AUGCAAAGCUCAUUAAUUGAGAUUAAAGAGAGCGUGUUGAUGUGGGGGCAGUGCUUCAGAGUGCUUGGCCUCACAGCAGGCCUCACCAUGCUGCUCCUGCUCCCAGCGUUACUUUGCCUCUGCACACCCUCCUGGACCGUGGACCUGCCCCCCUCAGUAAAGGCUCUGGUGGGCUCGUGCGUGGUCAUCCCCUGCUCUUUUGACUUCCCUCCUCCAGAUAAAGAAGUCUCACAGUUCACAGGGAUCUGGACGGACAGCACCAGCCACGUCAUAUACCAUCCUGAAACCAGGAAGUCCCUGGUUCAGUACCAGAACAGAACUGACCUGCUGGGAGACCUCCGCCAUAAAGACUGCUCGCUGAAGAUUGACCCAGUGCAGACGGGUGACAAAGGGCCGUACCGCUUCAGGAUAGAGAUUGCACAAUAUACUAGUUAUUCAUUCAGAGAAAAGACUGUCUCCAUUACAACCUCCAUUGAGCCUGAGCCUGUGAAGUUCUCUGUGAAAGGGGAAGUGCUGGAGGCUGAGUCAGUGUCAGCCCAGUGCUCUGUCUCCCACUCCUGCCCUCUGUAUCCUCCACUUGUCACAUGGACUCACUCUGGACAUGUGCAGCUCCAGCAUCAGCAAACAGGGGGCGCCACAUGGACCACCACAUCCACAGUCAGGUUCCAGCUGCGGCGCACUGACCACCACAAGCCUCUGCGCUGCACGGUCACUCACAAAGGGGGCCAGCAACAUAGCGCAGGCACCGUGCUGGAAGUCAAGUAUGCUCCACUCAUUAGAAAUGGCUCAUUUUGUUCCUACGAAGGCAGGAAUGUGCGGUGCAUCUGUAUUGCUGAGUCCAACCCUCCAUGUGAAGUCCACCUGCUACAGUCUGACCGGGUCCUGUCCCAGACCAGGACUGAGACCUCCGGCCUGAUCACUGUCCUGACUCUGGAGACUGAGAUGGGACUCUUCACUUCUGUCAGCUGCUUUGCCAAUAACUCAGUGGGCCACAUGGAUCUGCUUUUGUCUUUACCGCUACAUCAUAUUUACAUCUACAUCGGAGUUGGCGUUGGAGCAUCUGGUCUGAUUCUGAUGAUACUCAUCAUAGUGCUGGCAAGAAAAUGUUGCCAGAAAAGCCGUGACAGUGAACCUUAUUCUCAGAAACUCAAUGAAGACCACGUGAGGACUCCGCAGUACACUGUCCCCUUAAGGAAGAUCUCUGCAGCUGUCCAUCCUCCAGUUGACUGCAGCAAUGAUCACACAUAUGGCAACGACGAGAUGUUCGACCCAGACGAUGACACGGUGUAUGCUAAUAUUUAA